AUGGCUGAAUUAGAUCCAAGCAACAUCUUCAGUGUCAAAGGCCUUGUUGCCGUUAUCACUGGAGGAGGAACAGGCAUCGGAUUGAUGCUGGCGCAGACUCUCGAAGCCAACGGCGCGAUCGUGUAUAUCCUUGGAAGAAGACUGGAAGUACUUGAGGAAGCUGCAAGCACUGCAAAGCAUGGAAACAUUCAUACCUUCAAGACUGACGUGACUUCUAAGUCUGACCUCGCAGCUGCAGCAGAGCACAUAAGCCAGAAGUCCGGCUACGUCAACUUGGUAAUUGCCAACUCAGGUAUACAGGGCCCGACGCUUGGAGGCCUCUCCCUGGAUGCGUCGCUCAUCGAAUUCCGAGACUACCUGCAGAAUUGGGAUGUCGAAGAGUACAACCGUACAUAUGCUGUCAACACUACGGCAGUCUUCUCGACACUAGUUGCGUUUCUUGAGCUCCUGGACAAGGGCAACAAAGCUGGCAACGUCGAGCAGCAAAGCCAGUUUAUCGGUAUCGCAAGUGCUGGCGCAUUUAACCGGGUUCCAAUGGCGGGCUUUGCAUACGCAGGCUCCAAAGCAGCAGUUGUGCACACCAUGAAGCAAUUCGCAACAAAACUUGUGCCUUAUGGGAUCCGAUGCAACACUAUAGCACCAGGACUCUAUCCCAGCGAUAUGACCACCAGCUUGUUGUCGCAAAACCCGAGUGGAGUCUAUCCUAGAGAUUACAUACCAGCGGAAAGAGUUGGUGACAUCAAAGACAUGGCAGGAACGAUACUGUUUCUUGCAAGUCGAGCAGGAGGAUAUGUGAAUGGAAAUGUGCUGCUGACAGAUGGCGGACGUUUGAGCAUUCUGCCUGGAACGUACUGA